UAAUUUUUGAAGAAAUGUAUGUGGGCUUAAAGAGAAGAAAUGUUUUAGAACGUGUAUCUGGAUUUAAAAGCUAUCAAUAUGUAUAUGUCAUCAAUCAAUUCCUUUGCAGCCAACUGCUUGUUUCUUUAUUUGAUCAGUUCAUUUUGUAGCAGAGCCGAAAAAUCAGACUCUUACAAAAUCAAUGAUCCUGCGCAUUAUCAAUUUCGAUCAAUACAGCCAGAAUCAGUUCCUUCGGAAGAACAAUUCCGGUCCAAUGUUCCAAAACGUCCACAAUACAACGUUUACCAUCCUAAGCAUAAUUUGAUGCAACCUGGGACACUUAUUAAAGAUCGCUACUCUGAAGACAACGUGAAGAAAAAUAUAGCAAGAUUCAUGUCAGAAUAUGAGAUGUUAGAAGAAAUCUACAGACUGUAUGAUUCUCAAUUUGUUAGAAAUGAAAAAAAGGAAAACGCUGCACGAUUGGAGCGUAAAAAGAUUCGAGAAAUUGACGAAGAAAUAAUGAAGAAAAUGAACUUGCUAGACAAAGUAUUAUCCGAAGAUACCGACAAGAAUGACAUCGAGAUGAAGAACACCAUUGAAGACGAAAUCAUUGCGGAAAUGAACAUCUCUGAAGAGACAAAAAGGGUUGUCAGGCAAGUUCGUAAGCAGCGGCCCGGAUUCUUUUGGACCUUGGCGAGGCUUGCUUUCGAGACGUUUAACGAUACGCGAUCGGCGAUUAAACAAAUUAGCAAAAGUCAUCAUUCAUUGACAAUCGCCAAUACAACAACAGUUGCACCAAUGAAUAAACAGAAUAAUACGUCCAGCGACAUGGUAGGCGUUAACACAACGACGACAACGACGACCUCGACCACACAAGCACCUUUCAGACUCACACCAACCAAUCUGCAAAAUUUGAUUAGAAGAAAUUUGCGUGGUUUAGUGAGACUUUUCAAUAUCGAAUGGCAGGAGGCUCUGAAUCAAUCAGACAUAACUGUAAAGGAGUUUCAAAAGAAUCUUGGGAAUCAAGUAGGCGGUUUCCUACAAGACAACCCAAACGCUUUUUAAAAGCAACAAAGAUAACAUCACGAAGAAGAAUUGAAUAAAUAAAAUAAACAUCUCAAAAUCAAAAAGUUUCAAAUUGAAUACAACAUAGUAAUCCAUUUA